AACCAACAGCUCCUUCGCGACCCACGAUGAUCUGAUAGGACCAAUGUUAUAGGCCGAGUCAAAGUGUUGCUCACUUCCUUAAUGGUAGAAACAAGACAUACAUCCAACAAUUCACAAAAUGCCGCCCACAGCGCGAAUUCGUCCCUACAAGGACUUUUUGACCCCAGCCUUGCACAAAUGGUUUUCGAUGGCUUCAGCGAUACUAUUCGCGCUUUGCUACGUUGAAUCUUUCCUCAUAGGGGAAAAGAACUCUUUCUUCUGGACGUGGUUCCCGAUAGGACGAGCAGGCAUACGGGCCCUUCUUCUCUUCAUCCCAGGGUUUAUGAUAUUCAUUCCUCGCAUCGGACAAUUACAUGUUGGUCUGCGAACAUCAUACUCCCCAUGGGAUACCUUCCAGAAGUACGCUACAACAUUUGCGGUCCCUCAAACAGUGGGAUGGUACCUCGCCUCUGCGUGGUUUUUCAGCGAGGUCUAUGUUUGGUCGGCAUCAAAGGAUCAGGAUCUGAAUAGGAUCAAGCUGAUACCCAGGACUGAUCGUACAAUGCUCAACGAGAAGCCGAUCUACAUCACCAGCUUCCUGCUAUUUCUCGCCGUGGUCCAAGCAGGCUUCCACCUCUUCUACGACUAUGACCGUAUUGAUAUGCCUUCUAUAAAAACAAAGCCAAUAGGAGCCACAAAGGAUUCAAAUGAAGUUUUCAUUCCGCCUGCUUUGAAAUUCCAGGAGAAGCUUCCAUCCAUUGCUAUGAGCGCUCUGAAACGCGCCUUUGUUGCCGCUAUAGCUUUUCCUGCCAUUUAUAUACUUGAUCUGGGACUUCUACCAUCGAUUCGGCGCAUGGCAUGGGGCUUCACGAGACAAUGGGCAACAAUAUUCUGGACUCUUUCCAAGUCGACCUCCGUUCCUAGUGUAAAGCCUUUCCAUUGGAGUGUGUUGAAGAACUCCAUGACCUCAGGCUUUUUCCUGAUCAUGAUGUGGGAAGUUGCAAAUGCUGCAUUUUCCGCAUAUGUGGCACAAGAGCCUCUCAAGAACACGCGGCCAAUCACAUAUGAAUCUCGAGAUCCGAACGGUACCCUGUUAACUGGGCUGAGAGGCAAGAAGCUACAAACUAGAGCCUUUGCGUUCUGGGAGCUUGUUUACAUAGGAGAGCGCUUCCAAGGACGUCGUAAAGACAUAUACAAAGAUAUUGAUAGAGCAGGCGGGUCCACAUGGUCGCAAAUAUUGACAGUAUGCCUGGAAGUUAUUGGCGGUGUUCAGACGCGAAUAGCAGACUAUGAGCGACCGCCGAGUACAGCAGCGCCAGAUCCUACGCAGAAUCCAGAACCUCCGAUUACAGGCCUUCCCCGCAUGGCGCAGCCUAUCAAGCAAGGUGAUAUCUUCACCAAGCCGAGGCCAAAGAAGCGCGGCAUGGGCGAAACAGUUGGUCAGAUCGCAAAGAACCAUGGGCAGUCACCCGUUAGUCCAAUAUCACCACGGGCAAAGAAGAUGUUGGAAAAGGCAGAGCAGAUGGUCGUUCCCAAGGAGCAACAAGACCAAAGCUUCACCGCGCUCUUGAAGGAGUGGGCGCUCAAUCUCUUGAAGUAUCCAGUCGGCUGGCCAUUUCGACAAGAUUACAGGAGGAGAAUUUCGGCAAUCGUGCUGGGUCAGCCAUAUGGCGAUGUCGGUGUUAUUGUAGAUGCCAUUGAUGCUCUUACCAGGUUCUCUGUGUGCAGUCUCACGGAGGACGAAUAUGGUCAUGUGCAGAGGGAUGUGAAGACCAUUAUCCAGACGCUGACGACCGCGGUAGUUAAAUUGGAGGCUUUGAAGGCCAACUUGGGGUUUCACUGGACGGAUGUUGAGAGGAAACAGGAGUGUCCUGAGGUCGAUAUCGUGCUUAAAGCCUUGAAGAGUGGAUUGAACGAGUUGGUGAAUGCGUUUGGCGAUUAUAGUGAGGAUCUGAGUUUGAGCCAGAGUGAGAUGACGGCGGCUAGGGUUGCAGCUACGCCAGCUCCUAGAAAUCUUGAGAUGACACAGGCACAGUAGACAUGUAUGCAUAAUAAGAAGGAAAAGUUUAUAUAAAGUUUUUAUAUCAAUGGGACAAUUAUCCAGCGUUGUCAUUGGUAUUCAAUCUCAUUAUGAAUAGUGAAAUAUGCUACCCAGUGUAAACAUCUGAUCGCUCUGACUCGAGGUCCAGGCAUGUAAGCCAAGCAAAAAGGAUGUUUGAUCAUUAUCAAAGUCCUGAAGUGUGAUUUCAGUACCUGACAGAGGUGGUUCUGUAGAAUCUUAGGAGCUUGUAUGCCCCUGGGGGUUCCAGAACUCGCUGGGAUGAGGAAAAAAAACCGCUCUAAUGAUGAAGACAUUUCUGGCACGUCAAAGUUUCAGGCGUGCUUCAAAGCCAAAACAGAGGCACGAAGCUAGACUGCAGAAACUCAGAGUACCAGAAGAUGACCUUAAAGAGUAUAAUCGUCAGUAUUGGUGACUGUUGUUGAUAUUUCGUGGCUUGGAGAAAUAUGACUGCUGUCAAAUAUAUACAUGAAGCAUAGGGUGAUGCAUGCACUUGUGAUUCCAAUAUGUCGGUGGAAGGUAUGAAGAUCCUGCACAAGAGCAGCUGGGCAGAGUGCUUCCUAGGUCUCAAAAUGUUAUCACGACAAAUUUCAGUGGACGUAAAUGGAGAGGAGGUGAGAUGAUGAGCACCAGUCAGACUACGAAAAGGAUGCGAGCCGAAUGCCACAAAGUUCCAGCGAGCUGAGAGAGAAAUAGACUCAUUUGCUGGUUAUUUGAAGCCAGUGACAGACAGGUGAAUCAUGACGGGAUGUCACAGAGAAUAGUCCCAAUAUAGACGACCGUGCAAUGGCUGUUGGACGGUGUCAAAUGCGCAGACGCACUUACAGUGGCUUUGUACUGUGCUGAAUCAAACGGCGCCAGACUGGCCACUCAUCAUCAAGCUUGAUGGUAUUGUAGGCAAUAGCUAAAGGCUUGCAAAUGAGGCUUUGGACAUCAAUUACUUGCCCGGGCCAAUCUUAGGAGAAUGGGAAGACAGGUUCUAGCACUUGCUAAUCGACAAAGGGCCGGAUCGUUUGGUGCAGGAAGAAGACACUAGAAGCCAU